AUGACUAGUUGGCAUCAAAGAGCAAGUGGAUUUCGUUUGAGUGUUAUGCUUAUCAGUGAUCUAUGUGCUCUUCUAACACCGAUUCUUUUAUACAGUCCAUGUUCCAUUAGUUCUGCUCUGAUAAAUGAAGAUCGUUUACUGUCAACGAUUCCAAGAGCUAUUCUAAUGUUACUGAGAAGUGGUGCUAAUAAAGUCGAGCAAAUAGAUACAUGCAUUCGUUUCUAUACGAAGUUCGUGCAGUCAAAAUACAAACAAUCUGACUCAAGUGAUGAUACUGACGAUGAAAAAGAAAGUGAAACAUCGAAGGUAAUUACAUCUGAUUCGGUUACUAAUCCACUCGCGUCUUUAUCUCUUACUAAAGAUUUAAUUUCAUCAUAUUAUAAUUUGUAUCAACAAUUUCAAACAUCAGUUUCACUAGAUGAAAAAUUAACACAACAAGAACAAAUUCAAAAUUUGUUCAAUACAGAAUGGAAGAAAAUUGACACAUUACAAUUAAAACAUGAUUAUGAUCAGCUCAAACAAGCGCAUCAAUCAGUGAACGAAGAAUUAGGACAGUUAAGAAGUGAACUGCAACGUAGUCAACUCGAACAAAACCGAUUAAGAAAAGAAAAUUUACAAUUGAAUCAGCACAUAGAUCGUCUCAAAUUAGGAAUAUCGACAGCCGUUACUAUCUCAUCAGAUGUUUUAACUCAGGUUUUGGCUAAGAAUAAUACCAAUGAUCAAGAAGAUAUUAUCAGUCAAUUACAAAACCUAUCUCCUCAUGAAAUUACUGCCAAACAAGCUGAACAAUGUAUUCGAGAAAUAUACCAUCGACGAACAACAUUCGACGAUCAUGAUAUGCGAAAGUCUAUUUGUGGAUCACUCAAACAUCUUGGUUCUGAUCUAUAUAGCUCAUCAGUGCAUUUUCUUCAUGAAUUGAUUCAAAAUGCUGAAGAUAAUAUUUAUGAUUGUGCUAUUAUUCCAUGUUUACGUAUUGAACUUAAUCAUGAUUAUAUUCUUUUAUCCAACAAUGAACAAGGUCUUCGAGCACCAGAUGUUUUAGCUAUUUGUAGCUUGGCUGUUAGUACGAAGACAAUCGAGCAAAAACAUAUUGGUGAAAAAGGUGUUGGUUUCAAGUCAGUCUUUGCUGCUUCUAAUCAACCAAUGCUGAUUUCACACGCCUGGAAAUUCUGUUUUCAGGUACCAGGUGUUGAUGCCAUGUCAUAUAUUACUCCAUUAUGGAUCGAUAAUAUUCCAGAAUGUAUUUCUAGUCAGGUUUCUAAUUAUAGUCAAAACACUCAUCUCUAUUUACCACUCAAAUUGUCAGCACAUACACUGGCUGCUGAUCAGUUUCUUAAUGAUGUGGCCAGAGCGGUAGAUCCAUGUAUUUUACUCAAUAUGAGACAAUUAGAAAAGCUUGAACUUGUAGAUCGACGACAAGAGAAAGUUAUCAUCAUUAAAAAACAAGUGAUUGGUUCAACAAAAUUAGAUAUACAACCUAAUGUAAUAUUUGAGGAUUGUACAUUUAUGAACCUAUCUGGAUCGAUUAAUCAACUAUGUACCUUAACAGGUUACAAUACUUUUCGAGUGUACACAUGUCAUAUCGAUGUACCCAGUUCAAUUGAACAACGACGAAUUCCAACAACAUCACUCAUUAUGGCAUUUCCUUGUGAAAAUGAUUAUUGUCUGACAGGAAACGUAUACACUGGUUUGCCUGUUUGUGAUCUUGGAUUCAAUUUUAUGUUCAAUGCUGAUUUUCACUUGGUCACAAGUCGAGAAAAUGUUCGUGAAAAUGUUCCAUUUAAUGUUUAUCUUCGUGAUAACCUAGCAGUUCUUUUCGUUUAUCUGCUAUUAAAUGAUCCAGAUUUGAGAAAAGAUAUUAGUCGAUACUAUCCAUCAUCUAAUACUCAUCAAGUCAAACAUUCGUCAUGGUGGCUUAUUAUGAUAGAUCGCAUCAAUUCAUUAAUUACUAAAUAUCUUUCCAUACUAUUCGAUAUUGGAACAGGGAAAUUGAUUCGUCAUGUCAAUUCAGAAUUAACAUCACUGAUAUCCAAUGAACAGUUGUAUAAUUGUGCUAAUAUCCAAGUGAUCGAUUCUAGUGAUAGUUUCUUGACAAUGGAACGUUUGAAAUCAUUUCAAAUUCAAUCAGUUUCUAUCAAAGAUGUGCUUGAAUGUUUCCCAAAUCGUGAUGACACAAUGAAUGAAUUUCGUCAAGAGUUUCGACUAUGGACACAAAAACAAGAUGAACGCUGGUGGUCUCAAUUCUUUAAUCAUCUAUCAAAAGCUAUGACACCAGAAAUUUCGAUUACAAUGUUAUAUAAAUCGAUCUUUAUCCUUCACGAUGAUCCGAAACGACAAUAUUUGCCAACAAUGAAUGAUGCGUCUUUACUUCUUUUUAUAAAUGAUCAUCCAUCAAUGCGAAUGUGGAAACGACAAAUAACACUUCUACGAUGCAUAUCGCAAUAUGAAAGAAUUGCUCUUCUCCAUUCAAAUAAAGUACAACUUCUGACAGAAAAUCGAUUGAUUGAAAUUAUUCUACAUCAUCAUUUACAGUUAGCUCUUUCAUUGACGAUAACUUCUGUAAACACAGAACUAAUCGACGAAUUAUGGCAAGAUUUAUUGUAUUUACGAUCUCGCCUUGAUAAAUUUGACAAAUCUGCCUCACUUCUAGUACCUAUCAAUGGAGCGUCAAGUUUUACUUUGAUUCAAAAUGCAAUUUUACCAACAAUAUUCGGUGUAGAUAUUCGAUCAUUCAUACCAUCAAUAACAUCACCUGUUAUUUAUUAUCCUUAUUAUGGCACACAUGAGAGUCAUCUGAUUAAUGAUCUUCAAUGGGAAUAUUUUUUUCUUGAAAUGAAUUGCCAACGAUCAUCUAUUCAACUUCCUAAAGAUUAUAAAAUCGAUCAAUUACCUCUAUUACCGUCGUUUACUAAACUGACAGAUGAAAAAUGGACUCAAUUGAGUGAAUUGAUUCUCUUGGCUCAAACACAGACAACUCGAGAAUGUCUUCGUCAGUUUCCUAUUGUGAGUGAGUCCAAUACUGAACAACAGAUCAGUCCAAUUUCAGCUACUUUUGAUGAAACUAUGGUUACUGAUUUACUGUCAUUACCUCGUAUCAUUGUUCCAUCUUAUUGCCGUUCAUUAGCCAGCAAAUUUGGUGUUUGUGCUGAAUACGAUCUUCGUACAUGUGUGACAAUUCUGCAAUUGCUAAGCGACGAAAAGAAUACUAAUAUUGAUCUAUAUAUUCAAUGGUUAGGCCGUUUACAAUUGAAUGUUCGUCAGCAAUACGAUACGAUCGACCCGACCAGUCUACUCUCAUCGUGUCAGUUAUAUCUUCCAGAUCAAAAGCAAUUCCAUUCAUUAAAAGAUCUCUUAGUCAUGUCUGAUAAUGAUCAACAUCGUCAAGCUAUUUUAUUAGUUUGUAAAUAUCGCAAAUUACAACUGAUCUCACCAUCGAUCAAUCAAACUUAUUGGCAGUUCAAAGAUCUUUUUCGUAUGUUAGGUUGUCAAUGUGUAGUGAGUAUAUCGGAUAUUUAUUCGACAAUUUAUUCCGCACGUCAUGAUAAAAAUAAUUUCUAUGAUUUGGGUGAUGGUCAGACAAUUCUGACCGAAAAUGGAAUGGAGGCUAUGAUAACUCUCUUUCAAUACUUUGAAAUUUUAAUCAUGAUAUGUGUUACUGAGCAUGCCGUGGAUACUGAUUUAUAUCGAGCCAUCGUUACAAACAAACAUAAAAAAGCACCAUGUGGUAGUCGAGAAGAUCUUGAAUGGCGUUUCUCUUUUACUUGUAAUGAACUAUCAACACAAUUGAAAAAAUUAACCGGAACACAAUAUCAAUAUAAAACGAUAUUUCUUCUUACCAUUGAUCGAAAACUUAUUUCAACGAGGUCGGCUAAUGUUAUUUAUGCAUGUUUAGAAACGAAAAUCAUUCAAAACUUAUCAAGAGAUUUCGAUAAACGUUAUUUUAUUUCACCAGUCAUUGCUCGAACAUGUCCAUUGGUUUUGGCUGCAUUCGAAAUAGAUUACGUCGAACGGCGUGGAAAAGUUAAAUGGAUACAUAAAAAUCAUAAUUUAGAAUUGCAUCUGGAUCAAUUGUCACAAAUCUUUCAGAAUGCUCUGGAUGAUAGACAACUCGAAGUAGUCAUUGCAAGAUAUGCAAGUACGAAUUUAUAUCUCUCCGAUACGUUUGUCAUUGAUUCGAUCAAUGAUGAAAAUAAUGAGCUAAUCGAUAGUUACAUCAUGGAAACGCAUUAUCCUUUUUGGGUAUUCGAUAAAACUGUUCUACUUUGUGCUGGUAAUGCUAAAAAGGUUGCAUCGACAGCAAUCAAAGCCACAUCGGCUCUGACUACCUUAUUACAUAAACGAAAGCAUAUACCAUUCGAAGAAGCCAAAACGAUCGCUCGACAAAAGAUCAGUGAAUGUAAUGCAUUUCAAUCCGAAUUAAUUUCAUCUGUGACUAGUACAAGUUCUAUGAUUUAUUCAUAUUUGGAUCUUGUUUUUCCUACUGACCAUCACUCGAUCGAGUCGAUGACUAUCUCCAUAGGACGACAUUGUACUGUUGAACAUGAUCCUGAAGAGAAUACAUCUCCUACUAUUGCUGCAGAUCGAAUGGGUGAAGAUAGAAUCUAUCGAAAGAGAGCUCAAACACAAAACCAUCGUUGCCAAAAUGAACGAUCGUCAAGUAACUGGAUGGAUCCAAAGAUUGUCGAUAGUGCUGAACAAAUUCGUAUUGGUCAUAAUGGUGAGCAUUUCUUCUUUGUCUACCUACAAAAACUCUACGGUACAGCCGACGUAACACCGAUUCAAAAUUGGCGCUCAUCAUCACGUCUCGUCGUUUAUCCACAAUAUACACGUAAUGUGGAUGAUUCGGUGGGUUAUGAUUUUGAAUUACAUGAUACGCAAGAACAAUUUGUACGAGGAACAGGGUCGACAACCAAGAUAUGUUAUUUUGAAGUUAAGAGCACAAGUGGAUCAUUUGAUAAAGUACAUACACAAUUUCAUAUUUCUCAAAAUGAAUUCGAAAGAUGUCAAGCUAUUGCAAAUGAUGCUCAAAGACGAGAGCGAGAAGCAUACUUCAUUGUUAUCAUAGAAAAUUGUCUCGAUUCAGAAAAAAUCGCUUUGGGGUCUAUCAUCAAUUGGAGUAAUUGCUUAAAUAUCGUGAAAAUGGUGGUGAAUAGCUACCAAUGCAGUAUUGUUUCGCCAUCGGCAACGAAUUUAAAUCGUACCAACAAUAACACAGCCGAAAGUGCUACUGUUGAUCAUCGGCAAAAUCAAGAACGACAACAAUCGAUGAGACCCUAUGAUAAUAAUCAAAAUUCUAUGCUACAAUCUGCACGAUCAAACAACGAAGCUUCUAGCUCUAAUCGUAAUCAUCCACCUUCUCAGUGGAAUCAACAACAACAAACUAGACAAUUUCAUGGAAGAGGUCGUGGCUGGAAUCGAAAUUCUCAACACCCAACUACAUGA